CGCCUCGGGCCGAGUCACGUGCCACCCAAAGAUGGCUGCGCCCGCGCGCGUUGAGCGAAGGUUGCAGUGAACCUCAGCGGCCGAGGAAGAGCACGAAGCCCCGGCAGCUGGGAGGAGAGCAAAAGGUAUACAUUACUGGAAAGUGAUAUUAAUUUCUUUAAGGCUCAAGAUGGAAAAUCAUGAACCAGAUGAUACUAUGAAGGAAAACAUUUUUGAUAUCAUAACCAGAAAAAUUAACCAACUUCCAGAAGCAGAAAGGAAUGUACUUGAACACGGAUCAACAUAUAUUGGACUUAAUGCUGCUCUCUGUGGCCUAAUAGCAAACAGUCUUUUUCGGCGCGUCUUAAAUGUGACACAGGCUCGUAUAGCUGCUGGUUUACCAAUGGCAGUGAUCCCAUUUUUGACAGCGGACGUAUCCUACAAAGGUUUUAUAAGUUUACCGUUGAAUACAGGUGAUUUGAAUUGUGAAACCUGUACCAUAACACGAGGUGGAUUGGUUGGACUUGUUUUUGGUGGUCUGUACCCUGUUUUCUUGGCUAUACCUGUGAAUGGUGGCCUAGCAGCCAGGUAUUCCUCAGCCCUGCUACCAGAGAGAGGAAACAUCUUAACCUACUGGAUCAGACUUUCUAAGCCUAUCUUUAGAAAGAUGUUAUUUCCCAUUUUGCUCCAGACUGGGUUUGCAGCAUACCUUGGUUCUAGACAAUAUAAACUACUUAUAAAGGCUCUUCAAUUACCUGAACCUGGCCUAGAAUUUCAGUGAUUGUUAAGCAAAUGUGUACACAAAAAUAAAUCUGUAAGAAUAAACUAUGUCUACUGUAUGAAUAAACAAGACUUAAAAUUUA